AUUCAGUCGGGGUCGCCAUUUUGUCGGGUAGUCGUCGGGAUUUGUUAAGAUUGUCGUGUUUCUCACACUUCACGGUAUCCUCGUUCGUGUUUUUGCACCUGGACCAAGUAAAUCGCCCGCCGUAAUAAAAGCACACGCGCGCUCGCUUGUCCGUUGCUCCGCAAAUGGCCUGUCUGAACACUCUCAAGCAGGAAAUCAAAACGCUCGAAUCCGUCUUCCCCAAGAGCCAUGAGAGGUUUCAGAUAAUGUCUGCGAGCGUGGACGAGCUCAGCUGUAGAUUUGUCGGUAAAAAUGGGAAGAAGUAUGAAAUACACGCCAAUAUCACAGAAACUUAUCCCUCAACACCACCAGUUUGGUUUGCUGAAUCGGAAGAAACUAGUGUCACCAAUGCUGUACAAAUUUUAAGUAACACAACAGGCCGUGACAACCAUGUAAUCAACCAAGUUGGAAUUCUGUUAAAAGAACUGUGCAGAUUACAUUCAUUACCAGAACCGCCAGAUGUUGAAAGACUCAGAACUGCUUUAGAUCCUUUACGUUUAGGAGGAUCAAAUGAGGCGGUAGCGCAAAGAAUGGACGCCGAGGAUGUAGAUGAUAUUGACGACGAAGACGAGAGUGAGACUGAAGAAGACCUUCAUUUGGAUAUGGACGAAGGGGAUGCAAAUGCCAAGAGUAAGAGUGACGAAAUGGAUAUGGAACAUCUUGCAACUCUGGAAAGGUUGAGACAAAAUCAGAGACAAGAUUAUUUGAAAGGAUCUGUUUGUGGAAGCGUACAAGCCACCGAUAGACUUAUGAAAGAAUUACGUGAUAUAUACCGAAGUGACAGCUUUAAAAAAGGAAUGUAUAGCAUAGAACUAGUAAAUGACAGUUUGUAUGAAUGGAAUAUUAGAUUGAUGUGUGUCGAUCCUGAUUCACCACUUCAUAGCGAUCUCAUUCUCCUGAAAGAAAAAGAGGGCAAAGACAGUAUUCAGCUUAAUAUGAUUUUUAAGGAAACUUACCCAUUUGAACCUCCGUUUGUAAGAGUUGUACAUCCCAUCAUUUCUGGUGGAUACGUCCUCGUGGGAGGCGCUAUCUGCAUGGAACUCCUCACAAAACAGGGAUGGAGUUCGGCGUACACGGUAGAAGCUGUUAUAAUGCAGAUUUCAGCUACAUUAGUGAAGGGGAAAGCACGUAUACAGUUUCAAGGAUCAGGUGGCGCUGGCAAAGUAUGUGGUGGACAAGGUCAAUACAGUUUGGCACGUGCCCAACAAUCAUUCAAGUCUCUUGUACAAAUACACGAAAAAAAUGGUUGGUUCACACCGCCGAAGGAAGAUGGCUAAUAAACAGCGAUGUCAAAUAUCGAAAAAUAUGACACGUGCUUACAGCUGAGACUUUAAUUCGAUGUGUGCCCAACAAAUAAUUAUAAUAAUGAUUUGAUACACAAACACAACAGUAACUAGGUAACUUAAGAUAUUGAAUUAAUCUAAUGUAUUCUUUUGAUGGCUAAAGAAGCUGCCGUAUUCCUUGGUUUUAUAUUCAUAUAUUUUCAGUCACAUUUAGCAUUUCGAUCAUCUGAUCGCGAACUGUAUUGGCAAAUGUAAAGUAUCUUUUCAUCUAGAGGUAAUUAUAUCUCACGAAUACGAAUUGUUAGUAUAUAUUGUACUAAUUUUAGUACUCUGUGAAAAGAUACAUAUGUUGUACGUGCGAAACAGUAUAAAUAUUCUUCAAGAUGCGUUUGCGCAAUUGUGCUUCCUGUCUUUCUAAAGGGAGGAGAUUUAUGCUUAGACGUUUAGAGUAACAGCGAUGCUGAAGAGAAUUUUAAGUGUUUCAUUUUUAUCAUUUUAUACGCUUUUCUUCUAUGAAGCAUAUUGGGGUUAUUCUCUGUGCAAUUCAAUAAAAUGAAAUUUCGUAGCUAAUUUAAACAAAUAAAAAAGUGACAGUAGUGAAGAUGCAUCUCUUUAAGAAAAAAUGGAGAUAUCACUUUCGUUAUUGAAAUUCUUUGCUAUAGAUAUCCUAUAUAAGUGAUAUCCCCCUCGCUCCCUCACUUCAAAUUACACACGAGCGCACAACCAAAGCGUUUCUCAACAAGAACUAUUUGGAAAUAAAACGAAUAAAUAGGAUAUAAAAAAAUGUAGCUGUGUAUUAUCUCGGAGGCUCUAGAGAGUACGAACACAAAAAAAAAAAAAAAGUCAAAAAAGUUUCUAGAAACUUUGUCGACUUGUAUAAUUAAAUACUUUUCGUAAAACUAAUUUUGUCUACAUCAACGGUAAUCAUGUGUCGGGAUCUCUGACGCAAGAUACGAUAUUUUUUUACACAUUCGGCAAAAAUAGCAUAUUUCGUAGCAUUAGUACAUUAGAUAAUACGUAGAGCCUUAUGCUUGUAUCGUACGGAAUGCAGUAAUCAAUACGAGUAUUCAUUCUUUCUAUAGAGAGAGAAAGUAAGGAUGAGGAUAAUAAAUAUUAAUAUGUAGGUGCUAUGUACAAGAGCAUGUACACAUAUUUUCUUCUUUAACCCUUUCUACUUCUGUAACAGUACAAAUGAUGACAUGCCGUAACUUCGUUAUUAAAGACUACGUUAUACAGACUAAUUAACGGUUUAGCGAGCAAUCGUUUUUUAUGAAUUUAUAUUAAUAUCAAGACGAGAUAUUAAUAUACAACAUUCGCUUGUUCCGUUUCACGUUCUGAUUUAGUACAAACUAAUUAUUUAAAUAGAAAUAAUUUCUAGUGUCUAUAAUCUGUGUCUUAAGAUGUAACUUAAAACGCAAAAGAAAAAAAAAAGGAAAACAAUAGGAGUUGCAAAGGGUUAAAGUAGUAAAA